CAAUAAUAUUUGUUGCCUUUGAGAUUGCCCAUUUUUUACUCGGAACUUUUCGAAUCGUUUUGAUAAUUCACCGCUCGAGUCUCGCGCCUUCGUUUUGUCUACUCCAUUUUCUCCUUGAGUUGUUUACAUCGAUUUUUCCGGGUGUUUUUCGCAAUUGUAGGCCCCGUGGGCUUGCAUUGUUUUGAAGGCGACAUUUUAGGGGGCAUCUAGGACGUCUAGCGACCGAUUGCACACUUACUUCUUCUUUUUGUUCCUGAAAUGGCGUUAGUGAGUUGUCAGUCCAGAGCCAGAUGGAAGGUGUUGAGGAAGCGAGAAAUGAAAACGCAGAUGGACUAGCGCAGCCCGACAGCGGCCAAGCAAGCGGUUAUCCACAGACUGGGCUAGUAACAUACGCCCAGGCGAGCACGAACGGCCAUGGCGCUGAACAAGUCAGUAUUAGAGGAGUACAACAAGUCAUGGAUAACCGACCCGAAGUACAAAACGAAACUCACGUUGGUUUGGGUGACGAUCGAGGGCACCUUUCUAUUACGAACGUCCCAGGUGGAGUGCAAGUCGCUGUUGUCCCUGCUACUGAUGAAGUUGGCGUUGUAGAUGGGAGUCUUGCAAGCACUCCAUCCGCGGUAGAAAGGACAGACGAUGGCUCUCACCAAGUUGUAACAGCCAUGCCCGCGGAGUACGGCUUACCAGGACCCAUAUCGGCGCAAUAUGUUCUUCACGAGGAACACGAAGGUAAGCUUGACAUUCUGUUGUUCGCAGUGCGUCACUGUCUCAUGCAAAUUAGCACUUUAAUUACUUUGUUGAACUUAGUUUAACUAGUCAUAGAUUGAGAUGAACAAAACGUGUACUUGACAGCGUAGAUUUCAGGACGCGUGUUGAUCAUGUAAGUUUCAUUGAGAGCACUACACGCCUUUUGUUUACUAGUAGUUGUAGUGUCGAUAUAAAAGCAAGUUCCUACAAGAGUUCUUUGUGGACAAUUUAAUUGUAAGGAUGACUAGGGGCAAUCUGUUAGGGCAGAACUUUGCGACUGUAUUUAACUCAAGACGAUCUUGACCUACUAUCCUCUGACUAUUAAUCUCUAUCCAGUGGGGUAUUGCAGUUAGUGCCCUAGCCUUAUACCUCUCCUCUGGAUGUUGAUCUAUCCAUUUGGCCCUAAAAGGAUGAUAGUGCUCUCUGCCGGAUAAAUCGCUUUGCAGGAAAGUAUUAGGAAAACCAGUUGUAUUUUUUCACUGGAUUUAGGUUAUCCAGUUAGCAGCACCCCAUAUUAAGCAGACACCUUGUAUUAAGCAGACAGAUAGCUCAGUAUGUUUCAAACGUUUCUUCGAGUACAUUUCAAGUAAUACAAACAUGUAUUAAUAGCAUACACCUCUCUUAAACAGACACCAGUGUAGGGCCUGCAGGUGUCUGUCUAUUAAUACAGUUUUCACUGUAUUCAACUUUUGAACGAAUGGGGCAAGUAGUUCUGGUCUGACCACAUCAACAUCACUUUUUGUAAAUGUGAAAUAAGAAAAGGUUGGGGGGGGUGGUGAUAGGAAUCGGUGCACAGCAUUUAAUUUUGUAAACUUAAGGAAGUAUGUGGCCUCCAUUGGCAAGCUUCAGUAUGUUUGCCGAACUGUGCUUUGUUGUGCAUUAUUUAAUAAGUAAGUAUUAUUUAAUAAUGAUUACUAAGAGAGACUAAGAUAAUGUGUUAAACAGUAAGGUGGGGGACUUCAACAUAAUCAUCUUUUGACGCAAGAAAAUUUGCGUCAGUGUAGAAACUUGAGACUUAAGUUGGUUUGUUUUCUCUUUUUAUGUUGGCAAUAGACUCAGGCACAAUAUAUGUCAGGAUGAAACAUAUAAACGAAACACUCUAUCAAAAACCAGGAAGGCAAUAUUUAGAAAAUUUUUUUAUAAGAAAGAAGAAGGAAAACCUUGCAGAGCACAUUCAACACACAUCCAGCCGCUUUCGUGACUCCAAAAUACGCACAAUGUAUCUAAAGCCUAAAAUUUAACCACGGGCACUUAAGGAUUUCAUGGUAGCCCUAAGACUCCCUACCCCCUCCUUCCCUCACCCCUUACCAGCCCAUCUGAUAGAGUGCGAUAAAAAAUCAGAAAUUGUGCGAUAUUUUCAGGGUAGAUUGUGCAAUAAGAUAGGACUAUUACGUGAUAAAUUAUGCGAUUUUUUUCAGGGCUAACUAACAUUAUUUUACCAGUUUCAAAGAAGAGAAAUCACUUUAAUGUUGUUUAACAUGCAAUUUGAAUGUAAAAGAAUAAUACAACACCUAUUUUAAAACAACGUAGUAAAAUUUGUCCAAUUUUCUUGACCCGGAAAAGAAAACAAAUAGAAAGAAAGAAAAAGGGCACUUGUUUACUAUUACAUGAUGCCGUUACACCACUGACCACACUGCUUGUUUCUGAAAUCAAAAUGGCUGCCCAGAUACUGCGAUCGAAACUUUCAGAUGCCUUGCAAGGCUUUCUUUAGUGGUAAAUCACCUUGAAUGACAUUAAGAUUGGGAAAAUGUGUGAUUAAAGUUAGAAUUCAUUAUUUAUUUUAUUUAAAUUCCAGUAUGUUUUUUAUGAAUUAUGCGAUUUUCCUCAAAUUGUGUGGUCAGAUGUGAUUUGAGAUCACUUGUGCGAAAUUUGCACCAUUGCGUAAAAUCAGAUGGCCUUCCUUACCCCAGUAAUUAAGUACUCUGGAAUGGGUCUACUCUACACUGUAGUUUGUUGUCAAUUGUUAUUAUUAUAUUUGUGCAGUAGGGCUUAUAUAGAAUUUAUUAAAAUAAUGGUCAGAUGCUUACACAUACUAUAUUUGAAAAGUUCCUGUUAAAAAGCAGCCCAGGUUGUAUUGGACUUUAUGAAGCAAUUUUGGUUCUUCUAUUUAAUUGCUUGCUUUAACAGCCCCUGUUUUAAACAAUCAGGCUAGUCUGAUCACAUAUCGUGUAUCUUGGUUUACUUUAUUAUGAAGAUACAUGUAGAGUCAGUGUCAUAAAUAGAUUUUUCCCUUUUGAUUGUUUUUCUACAAUUGACAAUGCUGCAAAACACCCUCAUCAGAGUUUUCAGAUAGUGCCUUGUACGCUGUAUGGAGUAGAGCUCAUAAAAUUUUAUACACUUGUUAUUUUCUUUGUGCCAAUUAUGCUACCACAAAUCACUGAACUGUUCGCACCCCAAAAAGAUGCAUUUGAAAUUUUUAAUAGCUCAGUAUUGUGAUUAUUUCAAGCAACUCAUCUGACUUUCCCUAAUUUAAGUUUGAAAAAUAACUUGUCUCAAAGAAAGAAUCCUUUUUACCUUUGCGGGCAAAGGAUGCAUCUUAGUCAGAUAAUUUGCUUCAUAGUCAGUGAGUAUUUUAAUUGUUUUGGUGUAAACCCUACUUAUUUGGGUGAAGUCACUUCCAUUUAAAUCUUGCUCUGCUAGACUUCAAGUUUACAUUAUUAUUGCAGUCUUGCUCCCAGUAAACUCAUUCUAUGUUACAAGUUCAGUGGUAGCUUAAUACUAGUGGUUUCCUCUAACUCACUUUCACAUUGAAACUGCUACUGUGUAGCCUUAAAUGGUGUUUUGCUAUUUAAGGUAUUAUACGUCACUGGUACAUGUAGUUCCAACUAUUUUAGUCUCUGGAUGAAUCCUGUCCAAAUUGUGUCCAUAUGAUUGAAACCUCAAAAGUUGUGUGCAUAACAUUUUAUUGUCAGUACAUUAUGAAUUUCUUGAAAAUUGAGAGUUUGAAGAGAGUUUAUUUAUUUAUUUAGUUAUUUUUUUGAAAGGCAAACUGUAGGGGAGUGUUGCUUUUCACAAGCUUGUGACACAUUAUUUAACCAGUAACUAAUCUGUUUCUUUAUUCAAGAAUCAACCUCUAUUAAUUUCAGGGUUCUCACUAAGAUUUCAAGUUGCCGGGUAAAUACCAGAAGUAGGUGGGGAAUCAAAUGGCUAGGGAUUUCUUUUGGUUCUAUUUUUGUUCUAUUUUCCAAUAAAAGUAGCCAAGGGUCACUCUCUUAGUAGCCGGGGAAAAUCCCUAGCCCCCGGCUCUUAAUGACAACCCUGAAUUUGUAUGCAGUGAUGGUGGUAACCAAAUUUAAAUACCAUUGGAUAACUUCAGAGUAGCUGCAAGUAGAAAGAGAAGAGAACUGUUUCAUGCAUAUUUCUAUCUGGCCUGUUUUCUAGUUUUUCUUUUUUUUGUUGUCCAUAAUGGUAAGAUUCACAAAAAAAAUCAGAAAGCAUAAUUCAAAACUGAAAAAUAAUACUAAUUUUUGCUGAACUUUCAUCGUAGUGAUUCUGAACAAGAAAAACUGUUCUAAGUUUCUAUUUUUUAGGAAUGAUCAAGUUAAUAUUGCUCACUGGUAAAUUUUAAAUAGGUGUGCAAAAACAUUUUUAAUGUACACCUAAGAGACAGCCUUCUUUAGUAUAUGUUUUCCGUAGACAUUUUUGUUACAAUAAAAUUAAUAAUUAAUUUCUUUUUCUUUUGUGAUCUAUUAUUUCUUGAUAAAAAUUUAAUGUGCUUCUUUUGUGCAUGGUAAUUAUUUUCCUGUAUGAUAUUUCUAAGGAUGAAUUAAAUAAAUAUUUUGUAAGUCCCAUUACAGUAUAUACAUGUACAGUGACAUGUUAAAAAAUAUUUGAGUUCUCUCUAAAUGCGCCAAAAUCAGUCUACUUGAUAGUAUUCAUUUUUAAAGCAAGUUCUUGAUUGUGGCAUUACAACUCUCAGUUCUUAACAGAGUUCAAUGAAAGGAAAGAUAAAACAUUUUAGGAGUUUAUGUAAGGACUUUGGGAAAUUAUCACUUUAUAUCCAGCAGUUAUUUGAAUAAUUUAUCAUACACAAAAGAUAACUAAAUUGUCCUCAGAACAAGUGUAUUUCAUCACUGUUGAUCCAAUCAGAAUUCUUGUAUUGAAAGGACUCAUUUCUUUAGAUCAGAUAAAAUCUCAGUGAUACAUUUUUUGGGGGCUUAAUUGUGUAAUUAAGAUUGGAUUAUUAAAUUUUAAAAAGAAAAGGGAAAGGUAAAGAAUUUGAAAAGUUCACCAUGAACAUGAAUUUAGGAUACGGAGGUGGUUAUCCGCUGUUACCCUACGAACCCAAUUUUCCUCCGCCGUUUAACCCAUAUCCUUUUGUUAAAGGUUAGUCGUAGUUGUUUGUGAAUGGCUUGUGGGUGCGUUAAUUCUAUCGUAUGUAGGAGUUGUACUGCAAGGUGAAACAAAACUUAGGUGAUUGGCUGUUGUGUUUGAUGAAUUUGUCUUGGUUCACCAAUAAUUCACAGAACUCUUUGCACACUUCCAAUCAUCUUCUAAUAGAAAUUACAUUCUUAGGGAUUAUUCUCUAAAAAUAAGAGAAUUUUUGCCUUGUCCAAUGGUUGCCAGAAAUUUGCUAAAGCUUCCCAAUCAGUCUUGAGGAAUGUUUUGUGGCAUUGAUUGUGUGUGGCAUUGAUUGUGUGUAGAAACCCGUCUCUGAUUUGAAGAGAGCCCUUCAGCUUUGGUUUUUUGAGAUUACAACUCUGCUUGGAGUUAGUUUGAGGUGUUUGCUGAUGCAUGUUGACAGGAAGGUUUUGUGGACAUAAACCAUUUGAAAAAUUAUGUUUCUAUUCGUUUGUGGUGAUCUCUGUUGUGGUACAGACGGUGAAAAGAAAAAUAAUAUUUCCCGUCCUUUGUGGUGGUCUUUGCUGCUGCAUAACUAUUUUACAUUUUAUAGAUUAUUUCCUUGAGGAGCAAUAAAAAAAUAAUGUCUAUUUUACAGGUAACUCAGCCAUGAGGAUAGUAAUUAUUUUGGCCAGUGUACCUAAAACUCCCUCCAGAUUUCCCCCCAAGAAAACCUAAAAGAAACGCAGUGUACAGCUGUACAAGACAAUAACUUUAUUUUUUAUACCUACUUAUGUAAGGUGUAAAGCCACGCAGAAAAUAGGUAAAAAGCUAAUCUAGCUGAAGUCAUUCUGUGCUUGUUGCUUACUGUAUGUACCAGAUUAAAACAUAAAAAUGUGCUGUAUACAGUAAACCCUUAAACCUUUAGAUAAUCCUGAUUUUAAGUGUAAAGGUUAUGCAAUAUACCCUUCUACAAGUUGGUUGUGGAAAUUACUAUUUUUGAUUGCCUUGCUCUUUGUUAGUUUAUUUUUUUAAUAAUUUUAUGUAAGUAUUGUUAGUUCAUGUAUUUCUGAAGAGGACAUGAUAAACAUGUAUAUUAUUGAAAAUGAUUGACUAUGCUGUGGGUUUCGGCCGAUGAAUCUAACUGAACAAAAAAUUGAAUGUUAAACGUCACCAAAUUUUGCAUUUUCUUGUUUAGUGUGAUAUACUUUUUCUAAGCAGUCAUGAUAGUCACAUUUUGUGAUUUUAUUGGUAGAGUUAAGAGGUAAUUUUAUUAGUAAUGGCUGAAUCUGCAAGUAGGCAAAGUGAUUGCAAAGGGAUGGGGGGAGGGGGGGGGGGAGAAGAGUAGUAUCCAAAGGGCCACUGGACACACUGUUGGAGCACAGCCUUGUCACACAUUUGAGUUUUAUACACCGACUGAAUAGGUGAUAUUCAGCUUCAACUCAAGAUGUAUACUGAAGUGGGCAAGAUCAGUAAAAUAGAAGAGAUUGUUUUGUACUUUUUUGAGUUCUGAAUGUUUACAAUGUAAUUCUUUAACCUUGUCAUCACACUCUCUCUCUUUUUUUUCCAGGCAAUGAGGAUGCUGGUGUCCAUGGUGAUGUAGAUGGGGAAGAAAAGGAAAGAGAUGACAUCCUUCGAGAGCAGGUAUAUGAUGGUACAUUUAGUUUUUGCUUCUUAAAAUUCAAACUGUAAAAUGAAAGCAAGGAAUCACUGUUGUAUUUUGUACUUGUGUUGAGUUGUCCCCGAAUAGGAUGAAGUGUUCUUUUUUUUCAGGGCUCGAAAAUAAUUGUGACUCACUGGUCGCCAAUGCAACCAAAAAUUGAGCACUGGCGACUAAAUUUUCAGAACUGCUCGCCAGCUGGAGACUCACGUUUUGUCCGAUGACUAAAGAAAACCACGACACAACUUUUGUUUUUAAAUCUUUAUACAGGACUUCUGAUAUUUCGCGCGGUCGCAGAGCCGCGAAAUUCAGGUAAAGCUGCGAAAUCCCGCGAUAUUCACAAAAACACGCAAAAUACCGCGAAAUUCGGUAGAAAUCUUAUCAAAUAAAUGUCUGUACAGCAAUUUUGAAACUUGUCUCAGCUACUGGGGUAUUUACUUGCCGUAUCCUCGCAAAUUUAUGUCAAAACUUCGUCACUGAAUUUGGAAACAACAUUCCGAAACUACCAGGCGUAGAUUAUGUUGCGAAAAACUGGGCACUAGCCAUCAUGUUAAAGGCUUUGCCAUUGGUUCAUUUCUAGAGCGUAUUGUUGUUGAAAGAGCAGAUGAUGACCUCUGUUAGAAAAACAUUAAAAACGCUAGUCUGAUCAGCGCAAAACCGAUCGAUUUGUUGCGAAAUUUGCCCUGAAAAUAACCACAAAUUCCGCCGUUUUUUCACCGAUUGCUUUCCGGCCAAGUUUGCCCUGAAAAUUCCCGCGAAAUCGACCGAUUUUUCCGCAAUUUUGUCCCCAAAAAUCCCGUGAAAUUUGAUUUUUUUUUCUGCGAAUUAUCAGAAGCCCUAUUUAUAAUGUAUAAUGUAUAAUAUAUUUUUAGGAAAUCAAUCGCAUAUGGUAGCUAGUAUACAACUCACCUUUCCGUUCCCAGUGAGAUAAUGUCUGAAUAUUACAAGAUAAUUGAAAAAAUUGAAUUUACUUCGACACGUCGAUACUGCGUUCACGGCGCACCACAUUGUUUCAGCGGCUUCUUCCGAAACUGGGAUCCCAGGCGCAGCGAAAGGCAUUGAGGAAAGCAAGUCGAAAAUAAAGAACAGCAUUUCGUAGAAGUAGCAAAGGCCAAAUACGCAAGGACCCGUGUUUGUCUCAGAAUGAAAACCACGGACAUAAAACAUUUUAAUUUAUGCUUCGCUUCAUUUAAAUGACUAUGGAGACAAGCAUCACCUUCGGACCAGAGACAUAUCACCUGAGAACAACGGUAGCUUUAUAACUAAGUGUUACUCGUGUUGUUUCUAAUUGUUUUCGCUCUUCAGUUGUGACUUUUCUUGAAUGUAAAGUGACGUAUAAAAUCGUGUUCUUGUGUAAGUUAUGUAUAAAAUAAGUUGGCGACCAAAAUUUACGAUCUGGCGACCAAAAUUUUUCCUUUAGUCACCAGCUGGCUCCCAAAGAAAAAGUUAAUUUCGAGCCCUGGUUUUGACCCUGCCCAUUACCCCUCUUGUGAGAGAUUGUUCCAUGGUGUUUUCAGUUCUUGACGGGGACCAGUUAGUGAAAAUCUGUCUGCAAAGAAUGUCUUGAAAUCAGUGAAGUUGCCAAGUUUAAAAGUGAUGCGUUGAAAACUAACAAAGAAUGAUAUAAACAUAUUUGCUUAGUACAUGUACAUUUGGGUUGGAGGGGAGGGAAGUAUAUUUUCUGGAACCACCCACCCAAUUGUUGUUUGCUCCUAAAAGAGGAGGUCAUCUACAAUGCACUUCUCUUUUAAGGAGACAUCUCUAAUUCAUACCCCAUUUUUGGUCCCAAAGAUAACAAAAUUUAUAGUGCACUGACAAUGUUAUUGAUGAUAAAGUUUCAUCCAGGUUGAAAAGUUUGGUGUGUUUUAACACAAUUUGACUUCAAUUAUUGCCACUGAGGUUAAUUAAUGUUGUAUUCUCCACAGGAUCGAUUCUUGCCGAUAGCAAAUGUGGCCCGAAUAAUGAAAAAAUCUAUUCCCAAGACAGGAAAGGUAACUUGAAUUUUAAUAAUACAAGACAAAUUCUGUAAUACUUGCUGUGGUGUUCUUGUUACGUGUAGUUUGUCAUAAAUAGAUAAAUAAAUAGCUGCAAAUCAAGUCAAAUCAAAUCCUUUAUCUAGACAUGUAACACCCAGGAGGAAGGAGGCCUUUCAGAUGUUGGUCUUUCCAAAUUUCCCAACAAAUCCCUUCAAAAAUUUAAUUUUUGAUGUGAUCACUUUUAGAACUCCAGUGUUAUUUCUGUAACUGUUGUGCAUUUGUGAUUUUCUAUAUUUAGAUAGCAAAAGAUGCCAAAGAAUGUGUUCAAGAAUGUGUAUCAGAGUUUAUCAGCUUCAUAACUAGCGAGUAUCCUUGCAAACAUUUGGAAAUCAUCUGUCUUUUUGUGUUGUCUUUAAUGUCAUAAAGUAAAUCUUAAUACUGAAUCUGCUAUGCCUAGUGUUAACAAACAUACCUUCUCUUGCAUGGAAUGAUUAUUUCAGCCUGAUGCCUUUGUUUAAAUGUCAUGAUUUAAUUCAGAGUAAGACUAAGUUCAUCCAUGGGCUAGCACUUUCAUGUUAAACAUUCUUCAGCACCUAAAGAUUUUAGUAAAUAAAUUUUAGUAUUUUAAAGAAGUGUAAAAAGCAAAUUUGACUGCCUGGUGUUUGAAAUGUUUUUAAUUAAUGAACUGAGACCUAGUCUCAAUGUACAAUCAGACUCACUUCAUGCAAAAGCUUUUAAAUAGCUGUUUUAAUUAGAUCCUAUUUUUGUUGUUUCUCUGCAUGCUUUUCCUUCAUUCUUUUACAUUUUCGAACAUUUUUUAUAGUUCUUAAUGUAUUUUUACACCUUUCACAUAUAUGUGCUAAUAAUAUUCUUUUAACUUUUUACUUGUAAACCUGAAAAUGACUGAAGAUCGGUUGUUUUUGGCCGUUAUUUUUGCUGUGUUACGUCUUAAGCUUUUAGUUAAGUUUAUACGUAUUCUAUCAUGUUUAAGUUCUUAACUUUCAAAAACAGAGCAAGUGAACGGUGUCACCAAGAAAAGCGCAAGACAAUCAAUGGUGAAGAUAUUUUGUUUGCAAUGCAAACAUUAGGAUUUGAUAAUUAUGUUGAGCCCUUGAAGCUUUAUCUUCAAAAGUAUAGAGAGGUUAAGACCCUAUGUAGCUUAUGUGUAUUUCCGUUUUGUUAAAUUUGCAACCCUGCCUUUUUGGAGAGAAGCUGCUGAGCUGAAAUAUUGGCCAGUGUUGAAUUUCUAGUACACUCUCUAUAAAAUAAAUGUGGUUUUAAUCUUCUCACACCCAGAAGUGGCCAAAGUAGAAGGAGAUAGAAACUUUCAAAUUCAGGGUUCAAAGAAAGUCAGUUUUAUAAUUAUUAUUUGCUGUUAAGAGUUAUAAGUAAAGGUGGUAAGAGAAACAAGUUUUCCUAGUAUCCCUAUUAUUAAAGAAAAUGAUGGGGGACUGGGGGUUGCUUAUUCAAGAGGGGUUCUUUUUUGACAUUGGUGCUUAUUCGGUGGAGAACGCAAUAUUAGAGCAUGGGUGCUGUGGGUGCUUAUUUGAGGGAAUUUUUCUUUUUCCUUUACUUUACAUCAGUGCAGGGUUUUCCCGCUGAAAACAAACAUUAUUAUUAUUAUUAUUAUUAUUAUUAUUACAAAUUUAAUGAUGCAAUUGAUUUUAUUUAUUGACAUCAAAUAGUCAAUCAAAGGAGAGAAGUCAGCUAUUGUGGCAGAGGACAGAGGAGCAGAAAUGGAGGAUGAUGAACAUGCUGUCCAUCAAUUCCAGGUUGCAACUGGUAAGACAGUUCACUAGAGUGUUUUUUUGUAUUACGCAAGGCUAACAGAAGUAGUUGUUAAAAGGCAGCAAAUUAACAUUAUAGAUUUGAACAGCAUUUUUUUUACACUGUACAAGUCUUGAAACGGGAUCAUUCAUUCGUGAUUAGUGGCUGAUGUCCAAGUCUAAGAAGGCCAACACGUCUUGUUGUUUUGUUUUGUGGGUGUUUUUUUUUUUGCUUUUGUUGUUAUUAUUGAUCAUCCAAGAGUAUGGAAAGUAAUCAGCAAUCUCCAGGGAGUAUCCAUACCUUACACCACCCCCCCCCCCCCCAUCCACUUCAGAAAGGUGUAGAAAUUGCAAGGGGUAGGACCCUAAAGUGUCCCUUAGAGAAAGGUCAGGGAACAAUACUAGAUGAAGAGUUAUACAUUCUAUUACCACUAAAACCUUAUGUUGGCAGAGUACACUUUUCUGUAACCUUUCUUCAUGACUAAAGAUACAAGUCUGUCACUUAAUAAGCAGCAUGUGCUUCUGUAACAGUUGAUCAUUGCUUUCACUGUCUGUCCUAGUCUGUAAACAAGCUCUCCAUUUGUGACUUCUUGUGAAUUCCCCAAAUAAAGAGCUUGAUCGUGGGCUAAAACUGUCCCCAAAUCACACACUUCAUUAGACUGUUUAGUCUCCUAUUUUCCCUUUAGCUCUUCAGGAUCGAGCCCAUACCCUCACCCUUCUUGCUUUCAAAUGUAACAAGACUCGCCUGGGGACAAGUGUCAAAUGUACUUAAUGGGUGCUUCAUUCCUGCCUAUCAAUACUUCCAAAGAAUGUCUAUUCAGUGUAAUGGUUUUUUUUCUACUUUGUCUCAGCAGCUCACCUUCACCCUUCAAUGAUUGCCACAGAACAACCUCCCACAACAAUUUACAGCACUGGACCAUAUCAAACUACAGUAUGUGUUUGUUCAUUUCUUGAAGUGAAAAAUAGUACCCCUUAAAGGUUUGCAAUAGACUCUUCCUCAGUUCUUUUGUCUUUUGACAUGAAGUUGCUGCUGCAGUUUGAGGAUGAUUUGCUGAAAACUAACGAAGAUAUAGUUCCACAAAUUUGUGAAAUUUUUCAUGUGUUUGCUUUGUGCGGAGGGAGAGCAAGUUUGUGCCCCCCACCAUACAAACGUAAUUUUGUGACUUUGUGAUAUUACCGGUACCUUCGUUUGCUUUAAGUGUUGAGUAUCACUUUCAAACUUAGCAAGUUUACUAAUUCUCAGUAUGGAUGGAUAUUCCCCAACUGGUCCCUAUCAGAAGUUGAAAAAAGGGGUCUAUUCCACAGCUUUCAGAUAUUUUUCCUUACUAUUAAAAUUCUGUUCUUAUUUGUAGAUUUUCAUAUUUUCCGAUCGAAAUAGCAACAUCCCUGAGAUCUUAGAUUAAAUGUGUUAAGGAGUUUAUCUUAAUCUGCUUCUCACUACAACUCUUUAUUUGGAUUUCUUUUAGAUGCAACAGCCAUUACAUUUCCCUUGAGAUGUUAAAGAUCCAAGUUUAUCAUUCAAAAUGGUUAUACUAUGUACAUACCGGAAGUGCGACACAUAUUAUCACAUACAUGUAAUGCGUUUUGUCACUUAACUUGUUCCCAGUCUUUAUUGUUAUUUAUUUGGAUUAUUGAUAGAGAAGAGACUGGGCACAAGUGAAGUGAUACACUGUAAAAGGCAUUUAAAAAAAGAAAUAGAAAUUUUUAACACCCAGGAUGCUGGAAGUGUUGCUUUCUCCUUGGGGGCGAUAGAAUUGAGUGGCAAAGGCAAAGAAAACUCUCACUGACGAGCACUUCACCCCUUAUGCUUCUUGCCACUGGUGAUUGAGAAGAACUCUGGCAUCCAGGGUGCUGGAAGUGUUGCUCUCUCCUUGGGGGCGAUAUAAUUUAGUGGCAAGGAAAAUAAAACUCCCACUGACGAGCGCUUUGCUCCUUAUGCUUCUCGCUGCCAGCGAGUGAGAAGACCUCUGGCAUCCAGGGUAAACUUGUGGUGAAACCUUAAUAGGAACAUCAUAAGUAAAGCUGGUUCGUAACAUACUGGGGCAUGUUACCUGUAUGUCAACCUAAAAGGGAAGCUUGAACCUUUUUUCAACAGUGAAAAGUGAAAAAGGAAACCUUGGUGAAAUAUUUGAUAGUAUCUAAACUUCCAAGUUUGUGUUGAGUCAUAAAAAUGAUGUACUCCAAUAAGUCUUUGUUCGGUUUUCCUCGGCAUUUUUUAAUUUGAAAAUUAGAUGUUUUUGUUACAUUUUGGACACUUUUUGAUAGCAAUACAGCUAUAUGUGUAUUUCAAGGCUUGCAUUGACACAUCGCUAUUACAGACACCUGGAGAGAAGCUACAUCCCCAGCAAAAAUAAAUUUAUUACAAACACUAGACUGAAGUAAACCUCCCUAGUUUUGUCGACUCUCAAAACAGUCCACUCUCAUUUUGCGGACACCACGUUGUUGUUGACACCACAACAAUAGAGUCAACACACUUUUAAAGGACACCUCUACAAGACAGACUAGAGGUGGUCCCUGCCUUUCUUUACUCCUUUUAGUUGACUUUAAGAGACAGACAUCUCUCUAAGACAUACAUUUAGUGCUGGUCCUAAAGGUGUCCAUCUUAGGGCGCUUUCCGAAAGUCGGAACUGGCCGGCCAGACCAUGGCUGGACCGGUCAUUUUGAAAAUGAAAGAGGCUUUUUCAAGGAGUUUUUGAUGAGAAACGAUUUCCUUCGUGCGUACUAUUUAGGAUUUUACUGAUCUGACUGGAUAGUUUUGAUUAAAAGUAAAAAUAAUUCUCAUUACGACGGGUAUAUCCUGGCCAGUCAGUUCUGACAAAUGGAAAGCGCCCUAAAAGAGAGUUGACAGCAUUGACAGGAGCUACAUCCCUAACAUAUUAGUAUUUCAGUCACAUGUCUGCAAUUAUUGCAGACGUGUGACUACUGUAAAAUCCGCCGAAGAGUCACGGGUUUCACUAUUGAGGACAUUUGCACAGGCAAUGUUGUCCGCGAUAAAUGGAGUUGACUGGGAGUUACAGGAAAAACAGCCCUGUAGUGUUAACUACGUCAUUAGGAUCUGCACGUAUGUAGUGUGGGCUUAAUUUGUGAGCUUGAUGUAGAUACAUACUGUAAUCUGGUAUUAGCCUGGUACAGGCAUAAUGUAAGAGGUGAAUCACGUAAGAAGUUGUUUUAAAGGAGCUGGGCUCUUCUACAUUUAGCAAAGGCUGAGCUGUGUUCAGACAAAGGAUUGUAUGAGGAGCUUUUCCCGAUAUUGAUGACUAAAAACUCACUGUAGCCUGCAUGCAGUUCUUGUUUCUUUGAGUAUAAUAGGGAAGUCCUGUGCGCAGGCAUCAAAAUUGCCGUUAUACUAGAUAAUCUCCCAUCUGUAUCACUGUCAAUAGUCGACACUAAAAUUAUCCUCGCAGUAUCAUUGGUUAGGUCAUGAUCAUAAGAAUAUUAAAGCUGGCUUUUGCGGCACCCAUUUGGCUUUUGAGCUAAUAACUCUUCCCGUGGGCGGUGCCCGAGACUUCUUAGUUGGAAGCUUUCGGGCUCACAGCUUUGAUUGUCGGAGGUUUACAGCCCUCAAGUGCAUGAACACCUUUGUUCUCUUGACAUCGGAACAACUUUCGUUUCUUCUAGAAGAACAGUGAACCCUUUAGGUUCCAAGAGUGACCAACAUCAAUUUUCUCCUAACAAUAUCCAUACAUGAUCAAGAGGUUAUGAGAAUUCUUGAAAUGAUCACUAAAGGGAAAGUGCUUUGAUCUUUUGUCAAAUUCUCUCAAGGAAUUCUUAUCGGAAAUGUAUAGAGAUCAGUUUGGAGAAUUUGUAUCUGGAUAUUGGUACUUAAAGGGUUAAAAAAGAGCUUGAUGGUUGUGUUCUUCAAGGGGCAAUUUGGUCCAGUGUCUGAUCGAAUAUUACCCAAUGAAACAAAAUUUUGUGUACAUAUUUCUUAGAAAUUUGGAUUAUUGGACCUUAGUGUAUUUAUAUUAUUUGACGGUUUUAUUUCCUUUCGGCUGCUAGGGCCUCUGAUAGCAUUUGAACAAUACUGGAAAGUUUUAUUAGUAGAGAAUACAGCAGAUUAGAGUAGACUACACAUUAUGGUAGAAAAUGAUAUAUUAAAUCAACUUAUCUCAUUGCUUACAGUUGUAGAUGACCUACAGAAAUAAAACCUUCAUUUAAAGUAUAAAACGGUUGUU